CCAGUUCCACUGCUGCGAUUGCAGGAGCUGCCGUUUACGGUCCGACGAGUGCUUCCUUGCGUACACUGCUGUCUCUCGCAGACCAACAGCAGAAACGUUUUGAGGAAGAGCUUCGCUCCUGCGUGUUAGGUCAAGACCAAGCGUCUCAUCCUAGUCAAGCACAUGGGGCUCGAUCUUGGUCGAGCAGUUCGAGCGCGCCUCCUA